AUGAAACCUCACCGGCAUAAAGAAUAUAAUAGGUUUAAGUUUCAACCAUUCAGUGAGAGAAUAUCAGAAAUUGAUGUUGACGUGUUCCAUCGUGUUGGACAUAGCAAUGAGGACUUUGAUGACACUCAAAAAACUCGAUUUUCCCAGGCUAUUGAACGAUGGAAUGAUUUAAACAGAUCUGAGAGUUAUAAUCAAUUAUGCAGUAAUUUAAAGCAGUCUCAGUUGGAAAGCUUGCCUCAACUCUUGGCAAGAAAACAUGAAAUAGCACAAGUCUUAUUUAAAUACAUGGAUGAUUCUGAUCCACUUUCAAUUCAAGCUGCACUCGAGUUUGUUGUUGCAUUUGCACAAGACUUACAACAAGAAUUCUAUGAAUAUUUUCCUGAGUUUUUAAGACUUUGUAUAAAACUAUUACGAACAAAAGAUGCUGAGCAAAUAGAGUGGUCAUUUACUUGUUUAGCUUAUUUAUUCAAGUUUCUAUGGCGUUUAAUUGUGCGGGAUAUCAAACCCGUAUUUGAGUGUAUCGUUUUGUUGCUUGGAGAUGACCAACCACCCUAUGUGAAUGAUUUUGCUGCAGAAAGUUUUUCAUUUGUAGCCAGAAAAGUAAAAGAUAAGAAAAACUUUUUGAAAAUGGUUCUCAAAAACUUAAAACAUAAACGAGAUAGUAUAUAUGGUUGUUCUAAACUUCUUUUUGAAGUAAUUAAAGGCAUGGCUGGUGGCUUACACACUUGUGCAGAUUACUUUUUACCGGUUUACUUAAAUUCUCUUGCUGACAUGGAUAUCUCAUAUAAGUUACUGAAUGAUGUAUUGGACAUGUUAUUUGAUAAUAUUCUUGGACAUAUUGAACCUAAGAAGAGUAUGCCUAUAUGGGCAAUACUCAAGAAAACAACAUCUGAGUUUUUAACAAAUUACAAUAACAAUCAAAAUGAAAGGACUACUGACAAUUUAAAUCAAGCUUUGAUUCUUUGCCAUCGAUUUGUAGCUCAUAAAAAUGGAUCAUGCAUUCAAAAUUUGACCGAAGUAUUUGAAUGGGUACUUGGUUAUUUGAAUUGUGCACCCCAAUUAGCUCAGGAUCAUUUACAUACUUUGAGUUCCAUUGUAAGCACACUCUGCCUAUCAAAUAUUGGUCUGCCGUCAUAUCAAUCUAAUGUUUUAAUAGAAAAAGUUAUGUCCUUAAAAAAUAUCAACAUUUUAGUAGCAUUUACUGAGCAAAUGUACACAUAUAUAAAUUUUGAGCUGUCAAUUAUACAAAAAUUUUUAAAUUUUGUUGCUGAACUUAUUAAUGCAAAUCAAGAAAUCCCAAAAUCUAUAAUUAUUUGCUUAUCUAGAUACUUAAGUGAUAAUUCUCCACUCAGAUCUUAUGGCUAUGACAAAUGGAGGAUUAAUUACAAAAAUACACUUUAUGGAAGACAUAAUGACAGUGAGAUAAUUGGGAACUACAUAAUCAAACAAUUAGAAAAUCUUCAAAUUAGCAAUUGUGAUUCUGACGAUAUUCCAUGUUAUCUGAUUUUACUUCAGCAUUUUUGUCACAAUGAAACAGAUUCUACAAACGUUUUAGAAAUUUUGUUUGAAUUAACAACAAAAAAAUUAGAGAAUACUGAUGUUAUAAAUCUUUUCUCUUUUCUUAACAUUAUUGAAACGAUUUUGAGACUAAAAGAAAAUUUUAAAGAUUGGUUUGAUUUGCAUGAAUUAAUACCUAAACUUAAUUCACUUCUAAAUAAUAAGUUUGGAUGUUGUGCUUUAGUAUUGGAAAUAAUUCAUGUUUUAAUUUCUAAUUUACAAAUUCAAAUUAGUGAUAAUUACAUCAAGGAAUUAGAAACUAAACUUAUUGAUUUAUUGUCAUCACCAUAUCAUCAAGUACGUCUUACAAGUUGUAAAAUAUUAGUAUUAUUAAAUUCGCCCACACAUACACAUCUCACGGAGAGGAAUAGUCUAUUCAAAUUAUUGGAAUCUGUAGAAAUUGUACCAGUUUCAUUAAAUGAAUAUCGAGCUCGUCUCUUACGUAUUCAACAUUUGGAUAAUAAUGAUACAUUUUCAAAUGCAUACAAAACAGUUGAAGACGCAUCAGAAAUUGCUGUAAAAUUUCUUUUAGGCAAUCUACAUAUCAAUUUCAGACCAAUAUGGGAUCCAGUUGUUAAAUUAAUAGUGUCUCAUGCUAGAGCAUCAAAAUCAUUUUGGCCUGUUUAUGAAAAACAACUUGAGCUGAGUGUCAAACAUGAUAAUUAUGUCAUCAAGCCUGCUGAACCUAAAGAAGAAUUGAUGAGUGACUUUAUUGCUGAACGUUAUAAAAAGUUGAAUAACACUGCAGAGCGUGUAGAUAUAAAUAAUUAUAGAAUUUUACUGUGGAACAGUAUGGUAGAUUUUGGAGAUCUAAUAGAAUUGAAAAAUAAAGAUAUCGUAACACAUUUUCUCAAAUUUAUUAGAUCUGAGUACAUGCAGAGCAAUUCAGAAUUAGCUAAUAGUUGGAAUAUCAGACAAAAUUCUGAUGAAGAAAUUCUUGAAACUGAUAUUGAAGAUAAUUUAAAUGAAACCAGUUCUGAAGAACCGUUUAGUUCAAAUAAAUCUCUCACCAAAUUAUUACUAUCUCAUUUAAAGUUAAUGUCAACCAUUCGUAACCCUAAAGGAAUAUAUAAAGAGUCUGAAGUGUUUGAUGUUUAUUUAAGUCUUCUUUCCAACAAGAAUGCUGAGAUACAAAAAGCCGCUUUUGAUUGUUUGUUAACAUAUAAACAAAAACAUGUUACUCCUUACAAGGAAAACCUUUAUAAAUUAAUCAAUGAAAAAUCAUUUAAGGCUGAAUUGGUUAUGUUUAGAGUAGACUCGGAAAGUGAAGCAAUAUUAUCAGAGCAUCGACCGCUUUUAAUGCCCCUUAUAAUGAGGAUGAUUUAUGGUAAAUUAUUGGGUGGAGGUGGCCCCAAGUCAGGUAGCAAGUGUUCUGGACAAAAUCGACGAACUGCAAUCAUGCGUUUUCUUGUUGGUUGCGAAGAGCGUGAACUCAUUGUUUUCAUGCAAAUGGUAUUCAGGGUGCUCAAUUGUCAAGUUCAAUUUUCCGAAUGUCCUUUAGAAAUGACACGCCAUAUAGUUGACACUCUUGACUUGGGACAUGUCCUCCCACCUAGACGUCUUUUAUCUUCAGUUAAUAUGUGUGCUGUUAUAUUAAAGCAAUGUGGAGCAUUAUCAGGCACGGAUGGUCUUUAUUAUAUGUUACGAGUUUUAUUGUGUGUUGGAGCUAAUGUAAAAGCUAUGUUGAUGCAUCGUUCUUCUGUUCAUGCUGGGUACUUUAGCACAAUAUCUAAAGUUCGAGUUACCACAGUUGAAACCUUAACUACAUUCUUUCAACAUUUUGAAAAUUUCUCAUGGAAUAAAAGUUUCUUGGACUCCGUAUUUGAAGUGUUUAUUGAACCAUCAUUGAGUAAAAUGCCAGUCGAAUGUUUGCAACAUCCUACUCCUUUAAUGAAAUUGUUAGUUAUUUGGAGCCAAAUACCAAGAUACUAUUGUUUAUUGGGAUAUCCUAUAAAUAAUUUAACUCCGAUAGAAAUUUUAAUAGAUAUAUUAAUAUCAGACAAGACUCAUGGUGGAGUUAAAAAAAUUAUUCUUGAAGUUAUCGAUAGACUAUUAACUUUUGAUGGAACUUAUAAUGAUGCCAUGGAUGUUGAUGUUCCAGCUCUAGAUAUACCUCUUCCUUCAUUACCCUCAGAGUAUGAAGAUGUUUUAAAUGUUGGUUCUCGUUUAUUAUAUAAUUACCUUCCAACUAUCCUUAAGUAUUUGUACAACGAAUUAUCAAAAAAAAGAGGCGUUGGCCUUGCAUCAAUCGAAAUGUCUAUAUUGACUAGAGCUUCUGAACUAGUGCGAGAUCAACAAUCUAGUUCAAAUUUACUGUCUUUAUUGUUUCCUGUUUUAUUAAAAAAAGCCACUGGUGAUGAUAUGGCAAUCGCUCCAUUAUUUGCUACUGUUAAUUGUUUAGUAGCAAAUGUGGAUGAUGUUGGAUCAUUGCCUAGACAGUUAGCCACUCUGUAUGGUACUGUUGUUGGACAACACAGUAGAAAUAUGUUACUUGAAUUCACUAAAAUCAUCUCUAAGAAAAGUCCGAAUAGUAACAUACAUUGUGAUAUAUUAUAUGAUUUAAAUGCUUGGGACAAGAGGCAUUUGGAUCAACCAGAUUUUGAUUGUAGGAUGAAUGCAUUAAAAAAAAUUAAAGUUCUGUUGGAUAGUAAUGAUAUCUCUGUGGAAUUUGGUGCAUUUGUGAUUUAUAAUUGUUUUUAUAUCUUCAAUAAUGUAAAUGAUAUUGGUCUUAGAGAUACAGCAAGUACAUGUUUAAAAAAUAUUAGUUGUUAUCUUUGCUUAAAAUAUGCAAAACAGUCAUCUGAACGGACUUUUAUUCUGGAUUCUGUCUUGUUGCCAUCAAUACGCAAUGGGAUUCAAGGAAGUAAAGAAUUGGUUCAGUAUGAAUCAAUUUCACUUUUAGGACAUUUGUCAAGAAAAUGUGCCCAUGUUCAUUUUGUAUUUAACGAUUUACAACCUUUGUCUAAUGAAACUGAUCUGGAAGGUGACUUUUUUGAGAAUAUUCAACAUUUACAAACUUACCGAAAAGUGAAAGCCUUACAUAGGUUUAGUGAAAUCAUGAAAAAAAGUUAUCAUUGUCCAAGACCUAAAACAAUUGUACACUACCUUUUGCCAUUGGCAAAUCAAUUUUUAUGUUCUCCAAAAUACUCUGCUAAAAACAGUCUGGUUGAUGCUGCUAUUGACGCUGUUACUACAAUGAGUCGCAUACUUCCUUGGCAACAAUAUGAAACUCUACUUAAACUUUAUUUAAAUAAAAUGCGUCAGUCAAUUGAUUUCCAAAAACAAACAGUGCGCAUUGUAUCAGGUAUAUUAGACUCAUUCCAUUUUGAUUUAUCAAGAGCAGCUGAAAGAGAAUCUCAAGUUAUACAAAACUCAACUCCAGUAAAAAAGAUUAAAGACACUUCUCAGAAUGUAACCCAAAAUGAUAAAAUAGAGAUUGAAAAACAAGAUGAAGAUAAAGUUGAAAAUGAGAUGGAAGUAGAUGAUGAUGUUAAUGAGGAUAAUGAUGAUGAUGAUGAGAACGAAAAUAAUGAGAUUAAUGAAUUAAUUUUAGAAAAAAUUCAUGUUUUAUGUCCAUCAACAGCAAUCAAAAUUACUAAAGCAAUUUCAGUAGGUUUAUUGCCACAGCUCAACAAAAAUCUAGCUCAGUAUUCAGAGUCUGACCGUAGUCAUAAAAUUAAUAGAAAACAAGCCGAAUUCGACAAAGAAGAAAUGGAAAUGUUGAAAAUUCCAGUUGCACUGGCUGUAGUGAAACUAUUAAAAAAGUUACCAAAAAUCAUGCUGGAAGAAAAUCUACAAGGUGUCUUUAUGAAACUGUGUACAUUUUUGAAAUCUCGUUUAGAAAGUGUGAGACGUGUGACUCGUGAAACAUUACAAAAUAUUAUGGUAACACUUGGUACAAGCUAUAUGAGCAUGUUAUUAAAUGAAAUGACUGCAUUAUUAACACAAGGUUUCCAAGUUCAUGUUCUCAUUUAUACAAUCCAUGCAAUUUUUGUAUCACUAAGCGAACGUUUUGAAAAAGGUCAUAUGGAUAGUUGUCUGCCUUAUAUUUUAGAGGUUGUCAAGGUAGAUUUAUUUGGUUCAAGUUCUGAUGAAAAAGAAGUAACAAAAAUUGCAGGAAAAACUGUUGAAGCCAGAGGUAACAAGAGUUAUAACACUUUACAUAUUGCUGCAGAAUUUGUGACCGAAAAAUGUUUAAUUAAUAUAAUCAUGCCAUUUAAAGACAUAUUGUUUUCAACAUUAUCGUUUAAAAACAUCAGAAAAUGUAAUGAGAGUUUGCGGCACAUUGUCACUGGAUUAGUUGAUAAUAAAUUUAUUAAGACUGAAUGCCUAUUAGAGUUUGCAUAUGGUACAGUAUCUCAAAGUAUCCCAGCACUUAAUGAAAAUUCUAAACAAGAAAUAAAAAAAAAAGAAGAGCUUAAGAAACCAGAUUCAUAUAUUAUUCCUCAGGAACCGAAACGUACUUCUACACCAUUUGAUGGAACAGUGUGUGCUCGAACAAAUGCCCAUGAACUUGUUCAAUUUGGUUUAAGUUUGUUUCAAUUUAUGUUGAAGCGUGAAAUGUUGAAGAGUGCUGCUUUUUCACCUUUUGUUGAUCCGUUUGUCUCUCUAGUAAUGGAUUCACUUAAAUCUCAACACAUAAAGCUCAUUACAUUAUCUCUUCAAUGCAUGACCUGGCUUUUAAAACGAGAUUUGCCAUCUGUGAAGGAAAAUAUCAAAACAAUUUCAGAUAGUCUGUUUGAGAUUAUACAUAAAUAUGCAACCGGUCAAAAUUGUACUGGAGACAAUGCUGAACUUGUUAUGUCUGCAUUUAAGACACUUUCAACAUUUAUACGUGAAGUUAAAUACCAUAGGCUUGAUGAUGAUCAACUGCGCCAAUCUGUUCUUUAUGCAGAACAAGAACUAUCGACUGUUGAGGACGGAGGUUGUACUGUAACUACAACAUUUACACUCAUCAAAUCAUUACUUAGCCGUCAGCAUAAUUGCCCUGAACUUAAAGAACUCAUGACUCAUGUUGCAAAAGCUAGUAUUACUUGUGAACGUGAUGCUGUACGCACCCAAGCACGUCAAACAUUUUAUCAAUACUUGAUGGAUUAUCCUAUUGGAAAGGCUCUAAAUGGUCAUGUUCAAUUCUUUCUAUCUCAAUUAGAAUAUGAAGUCCAAAAUGGACGUGAAUCUGCCUUGGAAAUGAUAACUUUAUUAAUCAAAAACUUACCGCCUGAUGUACUAAGAAAUCAUAGUUCAGCUAUGUUUAUAUCACUUGGUGCACGAAUGGUAAAUGACAGUGUAGCAUCAUGUCGUAAAAGUGCAGCAGAAGCAAUUACAAUUAUGUUAGGCAAAUUGACCAAAAAUAUUAUAUCUACAUUGUAUGAAAUAACACUAACUUGGUUACAGGGAACUAAAAUUAUUCAUAGACAGUUAGGUGCUCAGUUAAUAAGUUUAUUUGUUAAUGCUGAAGGCGAAGAAUUCAAUAAUAGGGUAAAAACAACAUUGCCACUUUUAUCCAAAUAUCUAAAACGUACAGUUAUUUUGGAUGGACCUGGUCGUUUUGUUCGAAUUCACACACCGGUUGAGAAUGACCAAGACUUGGAUCAUUUGUUAUUUCAAUGCCUUCAAACGUGUGUAAAUAUUGCUAACACUUGUCCUAGUAUAUUUACUAAAUCAUCUUUAAAUGAACAUAUCAUGAAUAUAGCAGUUUCAUGUCAAGAGUUAUUACGAGACGACCAUGAAUGGGUUAGACUAGGGGCUCUUCAAUUUUUAAAGAAAUAUUUAUCAUCAGUAGAUCUUAAGGCAGUUGCAUUGUGUGCAUCAAAAAAAAUUGAUAAAGAAGAAAAGAGAUUUUUGUACUCAAAUGCUCGACAGAGUGUAAAGAGUCUAUGUUUAGAUCUGGUUGAUCAAAUUAUUCCAGGACAUGAAAUACUAGAAGAUGUAUUAAAAGAUACCAUGGAAAACCUGUUAUUUUUAUCAGAUAUUCUAAAACUUGUACAAUCCAAAAAAGUCAAAGAUGAUAAAAAUGAACUUUCUUUAGGAUGGUUACUAAAAAAUUUAAAUAAACUUGUUUAUAUAGAAGUGUCAAAAUACCCUCAACAUAACACUGUGAGAAAAACAGUGUUUAAAUUCUAUGGUGCCUUGUCUCAUCGAUUAGAACGUUCUAAGUUGAUUUCUGUAUUAAAAAUAAUUUUAAAACCAUUGAUUCGAGAGCUUUCAACCACCGAUGAUGCUAGCAUAGAUAAUAGGCGAAUUGCUAAAUCAGCAUCGAUAAUUGUUAAGAAAAAAUGUGGACCUGAAACAUAUAAUGAAAAUUGUUCUAUUAUUCAACGAAUUCUUAACGCUAGAAGAGCAUUAAGAAGGAAGGCAUCCUUACUCCAAGUUGUUACCGAUCCAGAAUUAGCUGCCAAGAGAAAAAUUGCUAAACAAGCAAAAAAGAAAGGAAACAAAAAGAGAAAAAUGGAGAAACUCAAACAAAAAACUAUUAUAACCCGGAUAAAAAAAGAUAUGGAUUUGGAAGAGUAUUGUUAAUUUUUAAUUCUUUAU